AGCCACUCGAGUGCAUGGGCUGGUAAUCCUCGAGGCAAUGUGAGGUUAGGAUGGAUUCGAGCUCGUCUGGGACCAUCGAUAUUCAUAAAAGACGUUCCCGUGCCCAGGCUCGAUCGGAGUAUUUUCCACACACUCUCCGUGAAACCCGAUGCGUGUUGAUCUCGCAUCGUCGCCAGUGACACAACUUAAUCUUGUAGCAGCACGCACUUAGCAUAUCGGCGGGACCCUUCACGACUUUCAAUGUACGCCCUUGCACGCCGAUGAUACAUUCUGUCCAAAUGGCCGACACCAUGACGACCAAGCAUUCAAGUCAGCUGCUUCAGCGGAGGUCGAGCCAAAUUCAAUUCUGCAGUCCCAUGUCGAUGUCAGAGAUGCCUUCGAACUUCGAUGGCGCAUUCAGACCUCUCACGAAUCCCAACUUGCAGUACGACACGAUGAUGCCUGGAUCACAGCUCAUGGCAAUGCCAGUGCCUGCCAUGCAGCCUCCACAGAUUAUGAACCCUGUCAUGAUGUCCGACUUGAACAACGCCUCGGUGGACAGCACAUUCAUGGAUCCAUACAACCUUAAUGGAGGCAUCGGCUCCGCGACCUUUGGCUCUUUGACGUGGCCAGCACCUAUACAGCCUGGAUUUGGACUCCCACUCGGUCCAGAUGUGCCACGACUGGAACGCUACAGUAGCACAGACAGCAGCGAGUCGUAUAUCAAGCUGGAAGAAUUCGAACCCACUCAGAUGUUGCUAGACGACAAUACUUACACAUCAAGUCCCGAAGCUCAAUCAGAUGCAGAAGAGACAAAGCCGGCGGUGUUCUCAACAGAUAUUGACAAGAUGAUGCGCAUCAUCCAAUCUCGAUCCCAAACUGAUGACCCUAAGGCGGCGGCAGCGGCGGUGGUACACAUGGCUGAUGCCACAUAUGACAAGCCUCGGAAACGAUACAGAUGCGAUAUUGACGAUUGUGGCAAGUCAUUCUAUCAGCGCACCCAUCUCGACAUUCAUCGACGAGCACAUACCGGCGUAAAACCUUUCGUAUGCAAGGAACCCUCUUGCGGACAGCGUUUCAGCCAACUCGGUAAUCUCAAAACUCACGAACGCCGUCAUACUGGUGAGCGGCCGUACGUCUGCGACCUUUGCGGCAAGCGUUUCGCCCAACACGGCAAUAUACGAGCUCACAAAAUCGUCCAUACCGGCGAGAAGCCCUUCACCUGUCGACUUGACGAUUGCGGGAAGAAGUUCAGCCAGCUCGGCAACCUCAAGUCACAUCAGAAUAAAUUCCAUGUCGAGACCAUACGGCGACUGAAGCAGCGCUUCGAAAGCUACACCGAAGGAGACCUCGUCGCCGAAUGGGAGAAGGAGAUGUGGGAGUACUUUGGUGGCUUGUACAAAAACUGCAACAAAGGCAUCAAAGGCCGCGGGAAGGACCGAAGGAUCAGCCUGGUCAGAGACGCCUCCUCCCUUUCUUCAAACUCGAACACUUCGAGCCAGCAGAGCGACUCGUCAUUCUUACCUUCGUCCUCGAACACUUCAUGCCAUCAGAGCGACUGCAGCGUCAGUCCCACCUGUGUCGGUGGCAUGGCUAAUCUCAACACCAUCCCUCGACAAUCAUUACCGCUUCCACAUCACAUCAUGCUCGCCUGAACUUCUGUCGCUGGGUAACGACUUGCCCGACAUGUUUAUCAUACCGACGCCUACACCAGAAAACAAGCGUCGCCCAUAUGAUACGAUCUGGAUGGAUCUAUACGAGCAUACGCUGCUCGACGAGACUUACGACGACCACGACCAAUUCCCAUCCCGCCCCAGCGCAGGAUUCCACCCCCCUGCUCCUCGGGCGUCACAGCACAGGACGGCAUCGAUGCAAGUUGCCUAUUCCGAUGACAGUCACGCGCCUUGACAUCAUAUUCUGCACUAACAAUGUUUACUCAGCUGUUAUAGAUACUCGACCUUUCGGACGAGUCGUGUGAUACCCCCUUUCUGUUUCUCUAGAUAUCAUUUGCGCCAGCAUACAUAGGUGGAC